UUGAAGUCCAAUAACAUCUGGGGACCCAACGUUGAGAAUCUCUGGUGUAGACCGUGUUGAGUUUGAUGGACCAAGGGUCUGAUUCAGUAUGAGGCAGCUUCCUAUGUAGAUCCAAAGAGCCCAAACAAUUUUGAAUUUCUCCUUUUUCUGAUUCCUUAAAUAAAAUGUUUUGCCCAUACACAGGUUCUUGGAUUAAUCAAUUAUGUCUUGCAAUGAGAUUAUACGGCAAAGGAGAAAACAAUUAACUGAAAUCAUUCAGAAGGACCUGGAAUGGGUUUUAGAUGACUUACUCUCCCAGUCUGCCAUCACAGAGGAAGAAUAUGAGGACUUGGACAAAAUGGAGGAAGAUGCCAUGAAGAAAAGUCGAAAACUGCUGCUUCUGAUACAGAAAAAAGGGGAAAGCGCCUGCUGCCAUUUCCUGGAAUGUGCAGAAAUUGCAUGUCCAGGUUUAAAGCAGGGUUUGCAGUGUUCAGGCCAUGGCCCCUUAAAUCUCAUGAAUGAACCUCAGACUCAAAGCACUGCCAUGUCCUUGGAGAAAAGGAGCAGAGCUGAGGGUUUGGAUGCUGCCAUGCCCUUGGAGAAAGAAAAGGAAGCAGAGAAUCUGGAUCCUCCUUUGUCCUCAGAGACAGGAUGGGAAGAUGAUUGCUCUGGCACUGUUACGAUGCCUCCAGAGAAAGAAAGCAGAGCUGGGGAUCCAGAUGGUGCCUCCAGAAAGAAUAGUGAAGUUAAGGAUCUGGAUACAUCUCAUAAUAGGAAUGGAGCCAAGGAACUGGGAGCUACUGCCACAUGCCUGGAGAAACCUGACAGAGCUGGAUAUCAGGAGAGUACUGUGCUCUCAGAGAUGGGAAGCAAGGGGGAGAACACAGACACUGCUGUGAUGCCUUCAGGGGCCACAAAUUCCCUUCCGUCCAGUGGAAAAGGAGGUGCAACUGUUUGCUUGUCUUCUGUUGGAUCCCGUGAAAAAGGAAAUGCAGAGAAUCUGGAUCCUCCUUUGUCCUCAGAGACAGGAUGGGAAGAUGAGAACUCUGGCACUGUUACGAUGCCUCCAGAGAAAGAAAGCAGAGCUGGGGAUCCAGAUGGUGCCUCCAGAAAGAAUAGUGAAGUUAAGGAUCUGGAUACAUCUCAUAAUAGGAAUGGAGCCAAGGAACUGGGAGCUACUGCCACAUGCCUGGAGAAACCUGACAGAGCUGGAUAUCAGGAGAGUACUGUGCUCUCAGAGAUGGGAAGCAAGGGGGAGAACACAGACACUGCUAUGAUGCCUUCAGGGGCCACAAAUUCCCUUCCAUCCUGUGGAAAAGGAAGUGCACCUGCUUGCUUGUCUUCUGUUGGAUCCCCUGAAAAAGGAAAUGCAGAGAAUCUGGAUCCUCCUUUGUCCAAAGAGAAAGAAAGUGGGGCCAAUAACCUGGAGGCCAGAGAACAGAGCAUGCAUUCUGUCACAUCCUUCACAUUACUGCAGGAAAAAAAUGAAGCUGAGGAUCUGUCUCUUUUUCUGUCCUCAUUGGCAAGUGAGUUUGAAAUCAUAAGCACUACAGGGACAGGAAGCAGAGUUCAAUAUCUGCAGACCAGAUCUCCGAAUACAAAUGCUGUCAUGCCCCUAGAGAAAAUAGAUCUAUCAGGUCGAUGAAUAAGAUGGAAGAGUUGGAUGGAUGAAGGGGAAUACAAUACAAGGCCAAGCCUUCCAAAUGGCAACUCAGGAUGACAGACAAGCUGAGAGACGAAGGCUUUUUUACUCUGAGGAAAACUGACCUAAGUAGGGGAAGGGUGGGGGGGACCUUUUCUAGGUGUAAUCAGUACAUCAUCAAUCAAGGCAUGGUAACAGAUAGCAAUGCUUAACCAGUUAUUAACAGAUCCAAAUAGGGAGGAUUAUAACAGUUAUAAAACAGAAAUUGGGAUGCUGCUGUAACAAAUAACAAAAUGCCCAUUUAGGGAAGAACAGUGUGAGGUCUUUCUGUUUUCCAAGACUUCCCAAGGCUCAGAAGAGGACGUUAACUGAGUUAACUUGAAAAGAUUGCAAUGAUCAUUUGUUAUCAAUCAAAGUAAAAUAUCAGCCAUUGCAAGCCCCCCACCUCCAAAUUUAGGUGAUAGAGCAAACAUGUCAGAACUCCAGAAAGCAAUUGUGCCUUAAUUAUAGAGGUGCUUCCAUGGCUUUAUACAAAACUCAGUUCCCCACAUUUUUUCUUCUUCUGCCAACAUUUCAUCAUACUAUAGUGUGAGAAAAAUACAGAACCCAGGAUGGACUAUGCCAGGGCCCAGGGGUUCCCAACCUUGGGUCCCUAGAUCCUGUUGGACUACAACUGCUAUCAUCCCCAACUAGAAAGGCUUUUGGCCAUUGUGGCUGGGGAUGAUGGGAAUUGUAGUUCAACAACAUUUGGGAACCCCUCAGCUAUGGAAUAGAACCAUGGAGAGGAGAGCUGGUCUUGUGGUAGCAAGCAUGACUCGGCCCCUUAGCUAAGCAGGGUCUGCCCUGGUUGCAUUGUCUUGCAGAUCCAAUCUUAUUUUGGAAAAAGGAAAACGUGUAUGCCCUUGUAAAAGGGAUGGCAACCCUAUACAUCCCUUGGGCAUAUCACCUUUCCAUUAUUCAUGCCAUGAUGUCACAUUUACAGAUGGCUUCUCUGAUUUAGCUUUAAUUGGGAAGAUUUGAAAAAAUGACAUUUUCACCAGUAGUACAAUCCUAACUUCUCCCUAGAAUGGUCACCUCCAGAGGAGAAAACUCAAAGCCCAAAGGAUUGGUGGAGGCAAAAAGCAAAGAUGUCAAAGGUACUUACUGUUAUAAAGUGACAGUCUACAUUGAUUAAAUGCUAGAAGAAAAAGGAGUGCAGAAUUCUGCUAUUCUCUCUGAGCUGGUUCACAUGUACACUUUAACUGCAGUUAAAGCUACCAGAACUUUUAACUGUAGUAUGACUGAACACACAAAACCCCUGUUAAGCCUCAAAAGUUAACUCCAGUUUGCCCUGACAAACUCCUAUUGGGACCUGAGGUUUUCUCAGUGGCACUCUGCCGAGAACUGUAGUUUUGCCGCUGGAACAUUAUGCCCGAAGGCAGACCAGAGGUGCACCUAGAUAAUUUUGGAGCCUGGACCUAAAGGCCUUUGGGGCCCCCCUCCCCUGCAAAUUAAGCAUCAUCAUGCUCUGCCAGGUGACCACAGCAGCCAGGACAGACUAAAGAGGAUUUGGUGGGCCCCUGGGGCUGUGGAGGCCCUGGACUUUGGCCCCGAAGUCCAGGGGUAAGAGCACCUCUGAGGCAGACUCAUCCCUAACUGUAGUUAAGUGCCUCUGUCUAACAGAAAUAAACUCUCGGAGAUUGUUCACCCACUAGCCCAUGCAGCAGUCAUGGCCCUAAUGAUGACAAAUUUUAAUUAGGCAGAUAAGAGUUGAGAAACCAGUUGAAAUCGUUUGUGGUGCUGCUUAAAGAAUGGGUCUACUGCACUUUUAAAUUGGAAACUUAUAGGCACCUUAUUUAACACUGUUAAAAUUUUAUAAUAAAUAAUUCAUUACAUUUUUUAAAAAUGCUAAUUUCAUUCUUGUCUAAAGACAAAAUCUGAGUAAUGUAACUGUUAAAAUUAAAUUAAUGUAAUUUGUUGAUGCUUAAAGUACCUUUUUUGUUCUAUGUCCACCCUU